UAUUAUGUCCUUUGGAAGUUCCAAAGCUUCAAAACUUUCCAACUUUCCAAAUAUAAAUAUCUCUCCAAAAUUGCUUCUUUUAAACUCCCAACAAUCUUCUUAGUCAAAUCCCAUCAAAACUUCCGCCCUUUCUUGAAUUCCUUGCUACUAUGAUCUCCUCCCUCAGCCUCAACCUCAACCUCAACCACCCUGCGCCGAUCUCCUCCAUCAAGCCCUCCCUCUCUCCACGGAUCGCCCCUACCAGAACUCGUUUGCCGCCACCAUCGCCAGGGUUUGGCCUUGUUUGUGUCUCCAAGUCUUCAAUCUCUAAACCCUUGCACAUUGGGGCCUCGCUUGGGAGGAAGGAGUCUUCGAUCACUUGCGGAGCAUAUGAGGCCGACCGGUCGGAGCCGGUGGUGGACGGAUCUGAGUCGGCGAGGAAGGUGAAGAUCGGAAUCUACUUCGCCACUUGGUGGAGCUUGAAUGUGGUGUUCAACAUAUACAAUAAGAAGGUGCUGAAUGCGUAUCCCUAUCCAUGGCUCACCUCGACGCUCUCGCUCGCGGCGGGCUCCCUCAUCAUGCUCGUCUCCUGGGCGCUGCGGAUCGCCGAGGCGCCCAAGACCGAUCUCGAAUUUUGGAAAUCGCUUUUUCCAGUAGCUGUGGCGCACACAAUUGGGCAUGUUGCGGCGACUGUGAGCAUGUCGAAGGUGGCGGUUUCGUUCACUCACAUAAUCAAGAGCGGCGAGCCUGCUUUCAGCGUGUUGGUUUCGAGGUUUAUUUUGGGGGAGACUUUCCCGCCGGCGGUUUACCUAUCGCUUAUUCCGAUCAUCGGCGGCUGCGGUCUGUCCGCUCUCACCGAGCUCAACUUCAACAUGAUUGGUUUCAUGGGGGCCAUGAUCUCGAAUUUGGCGUUUGUUUUCCGGAAUAUAUUUUCGAAGAAGGGCAUGAAGGGGAAAUCAGUCAGCGGAAUGAACUAUUAUGCUUGCUUGUCAAUGCUGUCUCUAGUUAUUCUCACUCCCUUUGCAAUUGCUGUGGAGGGACCACAGAUGUGGGCUGCAGGAUUUCAGCAAGCUUUGUCUGAUAUUGGACCCCAGAUUGUUUGGUGGAUGGCGGCCCAAAGUGUAUUUUACCAUCUCUACAACCAGGUGUCAUACAUGUCGCUGGAUGAGAUUUCUCCUUUGACAUUUAGCAUUGGAAAUACGAUGAAACGUAUAUCAGUCAUUGUCUCCUCAAUCAUUAUUUUCCAGACACCUGUACAACCCAUCAAUGCUCUUGGUGCUGCAAUUGCAGUUCUUGGCACUUUCUUGUAUUCUCAGGCGAAGCAGUGAAGACGGUGAGGCUGGAAAGCUGUAGCAUAAACCGGUAAAAUGUGGCGUGGUUGAGGAUGGAUAGAGUCUCGUCUCUGGGCAUCGAGGAAAUUGAACCAAAGUGGAGCAUCGGCUUUACAUGUAGAUAGUAAUAAUGAGGAGUUUAUAGUUUUGAUUAGGGAUCUUGUUUUGCCAUAGUUGACGAGGUCGAGAAGAAUAAGCAAUGGCGUAAAUUUAUAGAACUAUCUAUAGGCUUAUCAUGUAACAGUAUAUGUAUGGAUGAAUGAAAUUCUUGCAUUUGUGGUCGAGGAUAA